CCCCCUAAAGUCUAACACAUGUGAAAUUUUCAAUCCUACAAGAUCCCACUUUUUCUGCAACCCACCAAUCUCUUCUUCCAUCUCCCAUUCCCAGUUCCACCAUUCUCAAUCUCACAGAGCCAAAAUGGGUUUCGUGUCGAAGCUCGUAGACGCCAUUCUCUUCCUGUUCUUCCUUGUGAUAGCAAUAGUAGCUCCUCUGUUUGAUGCUCAGUCAUGUCUCCCUCUCUCUUACUACCCUGAUUUCCUUCUCGACCUUAACAAAUGGUACACACAAGAGUAUGGUGACUACCUUGUUGUUGACAAACCCCAUUUCUUCGUUGGUCUUGUUUGGCAUGAGCUUCUCUUCCUAUGGCCUCUUUCGCUUCUCAACCUCUAUGCCAUCUUGUUUUCUAAGCCAUGGUUCAACACCACUUGCUUGAUCUUUGGUGUCUCUAUCUCCACUUCCAUGGUUGCUGUAUUAUCAGAAAUGAUAGGUUCCCAAAAGGCAUCUGAGAAGCUAUUAGCAAUGUACUACCCUUUCAUGGGUUUGGGUGUUUUAGCUGUUCUGCGAGGCGUGCUUGCACACUCCUCCAAGUCUGCUUCAGCUAUUGGCAAGAGAUCUGCAAUGGCGAGGAAAAAGCGAGCUUGAAACUGUUAAUUGUUGAAUCAAACAUGAGAGAGCAUGGAACGAGAGCCACACUUUGAGGUGUGACGGGAUUGAGUCAUGCAAAAUUCUAAUGUUGACUUUGUAUUUGAUUCUCUGGGUUUCCAUUGGUAACCCAUCUGAGAAAAAGUUUUGUAUCAAGUAAACUUUAGAUUCCAUCAUGUUGCACACUUCACCAUUGAAGGAAUAAAUGGUAGCUAUUGGAUAAUAGGUUCCGGUGGUGGGUUAACCUAAAUGAUUAUUCAAGGUGACCCACUGAUUUAGGUGGGUUAACCUAAAUGAUUAUUUUGAAAUGCUGCAA